GUAAAUAGUUAUUACAAUAAUGAAGGUAAUUAAUAGGCAAUAAAAUUUUCUAGAUGUAAAUUAAAAUUUGAAAAUGAUUGAGUACAUUUUAAAAUGAUUUUUUUCUUCAUUGUACUGUUACAACUACAAUUCUUAUCUUCAAAUGCAUCAAAUGGAGAUAGGUCUCCUUUUUUCCAAAGAUGCGUAGAAAAAUGUAAAAUGGAAGAUUGUUCUUCAGAUGGACAAUCGUUUAAAGUUAAUAACAAACAAACAUUCAUUAAUAAAUUGUUUAUGUGGUCAUGCAGCGAUGAAUGCACUUAUCAGUGCAUGUGGAAAACUGUAACAGAAUUUGAAAACAGAAAAUGGCCAAUACCUCAAUUUUAUGGAAAGUGGCCAUUUAUCAGAAUUUUAGGAUUACAAGAACCAGCAUCAACAUUGUUUUCCCUUCUUAAUCUAGUUGCUGUAAUUUUAUGUUACAUUAAAUUCAAGAAAGUAUUAAAGAAGGACUGUCCAAUGUACAAGGAAUGGACAUUUUUCUCAUAUGUGAGCAUUAACACUUGGAUAUGGUCUACUAUUUUUCAUGCCAGAGAUUUUCCAUUUACAGAAAAAAUGGAUUAUAUCUGUUCCUUCUCAGUAGUUUACUGUCUCUGUUUUUGCUUGACUUGCAGAUUAUUUAAUGACCUUCCUCCAAUAUUACUCUAUCUAAUUGGCUUUGGGUAUUUGCUCUUUUUUUUGAAUUACACAGCCUAUAUCCUUAUCAGUUCAAUCGAUUAUGGUUUUCAUGUAAGGCUGAACUUUUUAAUAG